GUGAUUUUAUUCGGUUUUGUUUGAGGUAAACAAACUGGAAAGAUGAAUUCAUUUUUAAAGAAAUAUUCCGGCUAUUCAAGAAACUUUUAUGCUCUUCUAAAAAAUUAUAGUACCCAAAGUCUUCACCCCAUGCAAAAGAAACUUGAAACACUGUUUAUCAAUAAAGAUGUUCAAAAGAUCCUAAAAAAAAUUACAGGUUUAGAUCAUGAAAAAAUUUUUGCUCCAUCAAAAACGGAACUUGAGUCACCAAAAUAUGAAUUUGUAACUGAAAAAAGACUGAGUGAACUCCAGACUUUAGCUAUAGCAAAAGCUUUACAGAAGCUACAAAUGCCUCCUGUAAUGGAUAUUCGAGAACCUAUAAAUGAAAUCCUUGCAAAAGACCCUGAGCUCCAAGGCUAUUUGCAGUAUAAAACAGUCUUCACUGACAUUUCUCCUGAUGUUUCAUCUCGAGAACGUGUUAUUACUGUUCGAGAAGUGGAUGGUACAUUAAGAAAAGCUACUUGGGAAGAAAGAGAACGAAUGAACCAAAUAUUUUUUCCCAUUCCUGGUAGGAAUUUAGAAACUCCAAAACUAUUUGAGUCUCCACAUCUAGAGCGAUUACUUGAUGAAGGCUCUUAUGAAUUUGUUUUGGACUGUGCAUGCAUACAGUUUGAACCUGAUGCACCUGAGUAUCAUAGGGUAACAAAUCAAACCUAUGAGCAUGUACAACUAACGAAAAAAUUUGAUCUUCUAAGAUCUACCAGACAUUUUGGACCAAUGGUAUUUUAUUUUACCCAUAAGAAAAACAUUGAUCAAUUAUUAAUAGAUAUGAUCUCAAGACAUCUAAUUAGUGAUGCUUCUGAUACUGUUAGACUGUUUUACCUUAUUCAUUCUGAAUUGGACACAACAAAAGAUAUUCAUAAAACAGAUGAAAUAGAAAUUUUACAGAAUUACAUUAGAAACCACUCUUCUCAGAAGGAUGGCUUGGAGUUUGCACUACAAACAAUUUUGGAUCACAAAAAGUCUGAUCUUCAAAUAUAAGUUGUAACUUUUUUUUUUUUUUGCAUAGAAUGUUUCUUUCCAUAGAAACUCUUUAUAAUAAAAGUCAUUUACAGGUUUC